AAAACGUAAUUAAUCCAUAUGGCUGACAACCAAAGAAACUUCACAAAGAAACCCUUUUUUAAAGUCUAGAUUGGACCUCAACUUAACAACCGAUAAUUUAGUGAACUUUGAUCCUAGAGGAAGUCAUGAGGGAAUGUUUUUUCGUUAUAGGAAAUAUACAUUACUUUAGACCAUAGGUUUUCUUUAUUAUUGAAUUACUACAAGCUGGGUUUGGAUCAUAGACCACGUUCAGAUUCCAACAUCGUUUCAACUGGAUCAACGUUACUCUGCUGGGGAUUCUUGAUAAACUGGGCCUUGCAGUAUAAGCAACCCACGAUAUGCCCGUCGUACGUGAGGGUAGGGAUCAGAAAAACAAAGCAGCUCCUCUUGAUGGUCCAGAGAGUCACCGAUGUACAGAGAAAUCAUUCUCGGACCCACAUCCGUCAGAAUGGACUACAGCCCAGAACUCAAUUCCCGGCCGCCAGCGUCCUCGUUCAUCUGUUUCUGGCUCGUCUUCACCUUGUCUCAAGUUCUGGGAGUGGCACUCGUAGUUAUGCUGGGGUUGUGGCUUUACAUAUUCCAAAAGGGGUUCGCGUGGACGGAAAAUCCCCGGUUAGAGAUGAACUUCCACUCCAUCUUCUCGGUGAUAGGGCUGAUAUUUCUGUAUGGAGAGGGUAUUCUGGUGUACAGGGUGUUCCGAAAUCAAAAGAAGAUCUACGUUAAAGUGGUCCACGCCUUCAUAGAGGCCAUCGCCGUCGUCUUCAUCGUACUAGGACUUAAGACAGUAUUUGACUCCCGCAAUCUGGUCCAAGUCAAGAUUGCCAACAUGUACAGUAUUCACAGCUGGCUAGGGCUAGCGACCAUUAUACUGUUUGGGUUGCAGUAUAUAUUUGGCUUCGUGGCUUUUAUGUAUCCCAAGUUGGGCCAAAAUGCCCGCGAGAUGUUGAUGCCUCUACAUCGGUAUUGGGGCGUUGCCGUUUAUGGGUUAGCUAUAGCCGCCUCACUUAUGGGAAUGGUAGAGAAAAUUAUAUUUAGUAUGAAAGACUACAGCAAAAUGGGCGUAGAGACAAUCCUGGUGAACCUCAUUUGCUUGGUUAUGGUGGCUGCAGGAAUAAGUGUUGCGUAUUUAGUCUGCAGGCCAGAGUACAAACGGACACCGCAGCCGGAAGAAUAGGCAGUGAACGAAAAGUAGACAGACGGAAAAAGACGAUGGCAUUCGGAACUCCUCGGCUUGUUCCGUUCCUCGGUAAUGUUCGGAACUGGGGCUCGGUGGCUCGGCGUGGCGUGGCUCGAAUAUCGCGUGUUCGGAACUUAGUUCUGAGACUGUUCUAUGAGUCUUUGAAUAUUAACAUUGCUAUAAGGGGAGAUGGAUUUAUUUAAAAUUAGACCUUUCUCUGUGUUUCUACAGGAAACAAAUGUUGAGCACCAGUGUGUUUUUAGUAAAGUAAACGAAUAUUGUUGAGCAAAGGGCAGGGGGAGAGAGAGAGAGAAUACGCAACAAUAAAUGGAGACGGUAUCAACGUCCUUAACAUAUUGCAACAGAAAAAAGGUACACAAAUAUAUCACUGGUAUGCAUAGAGUUAUUUAAGAAAAAACGCAUUGGAACCAUUUUGUGUUUGCAUUCGUCUUCG